CUACUUAUAGAAGCAUCCCGAGCCUCAGCCGGUCUGCAUCUCCAUCGGAAAGUGCGCUCGCCACAUCCCUUCGGAUCACUUCGUCCUCCCGAGAGCGUUCUGCCUUCUACAGCUCGGAAAGAAAGAAAUCUUAGCUGUGAAGUGACCGUGGAGAAAGCGCAGGAAGCGACACAAUUGGUUAGGGACGCAGAGAGUGAGAGCGGGCGCACCCCUUGCCUGGGGACCGCGCUCGCGGGCGGGGACGGAGCAUCCCAGUGGCUGCACCCGCCGCUCCGCGCUCCUGCCUGGCGUCGCCAACCCCGCGGCGGCCGCUGGAAUUCCAGAGCUGCCAGGCGCUCCCAGCCGGUCUCGGCAAACUUUUCCCCAGCCCACGUGCUAACCAAGCGGCUCGCUUCCCGAGCCCGGGAUGGAGCACCGCGCCUAGGGAGGCCGCGCCGCCCGAGACGUGCGCACGGUUCGUGGCGGAGAGAUGCUGAUCGCGCUGAACUGACCGGUGCGGCCCGGGGGUGAGUGGCGAGUCUCCCUCUGAGUCCUCCCCAGCAGCGCGGCCGGCGCCGGCUCUUUGGGCGAGCCCUCCAGUUCCUAGACUUUGAGAGGCGUCUCUCCCCCGCCCGACCGCCCAGAUGCAGUUUCGCCUUUUCUCCUUUGCCCUCAUCAUUCUGAACUGCAUGGAUUACAGCCACUGCCAAGGCAACCGAUGGAGACGCAGUAAGCGAGGUGGGUCCCUCUCUGCCAGAGCUAGUUAUGUAUCAAAUCCCAUUUGCAAGGGUUGUUUGUCUUGUUCAAAGGACAAUGGGUGCAGCCGAUGUCAACAGAAGUUGUUCUUCUUCCUUCGAAGAGAAGGGAUGCGCCAGUAUGGAGAGUGCCUGCAUUCCUGCCCAUCCGGGUACUAUGGACACCGAGCCCCAGAUAUGAACAGAUGCGCAAGAUGCAGAAUAGAAAACUGUGAUUCUUGCUUUAGCAAAGACUUUUGUACCAAGUGCAAAGUAGGCUUUUAUUUGCAUAGAGGCCGUUGCUUUGAUGAAUGUCCAGAUGGUUUUGCACCAUUAGAAGAAACCAUGGAAUGUGUGGAAGGAUGUGAAGUUGGUCAUUGGAGCGAAUGGGGAACUUGUAGCAGAAAUAAUCGCACAUGUGGAUUUAAAUGGGGUCUGGAAACCAGAACACGGCAAAUUGUUAAAAAGCCAGCGAAAGACACAAUACCGUGUCCAACCAUUGCUGAAUCCAGGAGAUGCAAGAUGACCGUGAGGCAUUGUCCAGGAGGGAAGAGAACACCAAAGGCGAAGGAGAAGAGGAACAAGAAAAAGAAAAGGAAGCUGACAGAAAGGGCCCAGGAGCAACACAGCGUCUUCCUAGCUACAGACAGAGCUAACCAAUAAAGCAAGAGAUCCGGUAGAUUUUUAGGGGUUUUUGUUUUUGCAAAUGUGCACAAAGCUACUCUCCACUCCUGCACACUGGUGUGCAGCCUUUGUGCUGCUCUGCCCAGUAUCUGUUCCCAGUAACAUGGUGAAAGGAAGCACCACCAGCGUGGCCCCUGUGUUAUUUAUGCUUUGAUUUGAAUCUGGAGACUGUGAAGGCAGGAGUAAGUGCACAGCCCGUGACUUGGCUCAGUGUGUGCUGAGAGAAUCCGUCCCCGGCAUCAUGGAUACGCUAGAGGUGUGAGACUGCAGACCACCGCUGGAGGACGGACUUGUGCCUAUUUAUGUGAAAGAAAGAAGAUGCUUGGCAGGCAAUGCGCUAUUCACUCGUGACCUUUAUUUCUCACAUUGUGCAUUUUCAAGGAUAUGUUUAUGUGGAUAUCUGCUUAGUGUUACCACAUGGUAUUCUCAGCAUGUUACCUUCACACUGUUGUGCGAUGAAACUGCUUUUAGCUGAGGAUACGCUCUGGAAAUUCCUGCUCAGUUUCACAGUAGCCCUAAUAUGUACAUAUACUGCAGGAGCUACAUAUCAAGCUCUUAUUUACUGUAUAUUUAUGCUUUCUUGUGGGUAACAAGUCAUACCUGAUUAAUAUGAUGUCACUUUGUUUCUAGUGGUUCCUAACCCAUUGUCUGAUAAAUGACUUUUCUAGUUUGGGGAAUUGACACAUGUUUUGUUGCCUCUUGAAACUUUUUUUUUUCCCUCAUUGUGGGCUUAUUUCUCAUUGUAAGGGUAGGAUAAACUAGUUUUUGUAUAUAGAGUCAAAUGACCAGUGUCAAAGAGUUUGCAUACUGGGUAGACCUUCUCCACUCCACAUGUCCCACACAUAGACAAAGCAGCAGGCGGCAUCUGGCAAUCAGAAGCCCAAACUGCCUUUGAGUCUAAGAUGUGAUGACUUUGAUGAAACACAGCUGAAAACAUGAGGGACUAUAUCCAGUAACUUGUAGCCAGUUUCACAGGCCAGCUACAGAAUUGUCCAAACAUUAUUUCUGACUGCAAUUUUUUUUCCCCAAAUUUAAAGCAAUCCCUGGCCUUCAAUGACAAGGCACCUACCACUGUUCUUGGGUCACUGAAGAAGCUACUACCAUGAGCCUGUGCAUAGAAUUUUAGGAGAUAAAAGGAUGAAUUUCUGUGACUGCCGGUCAGAUCUUAACAGGUCUCUGUUGAGCCAGACUCUGUUUCAGAUCCAAGAUGGAGAGGAACGCUAUGGAAACUUCCCAGGUGACUUUCAGAGCAGUUGUUUCAAACAUAUCAUUGUCCUUAGGGGAACCAGUUUUUAGAAAGUUGUGAAUUGGCUUUUUCACAAAGCAUUAUUAUCUUCCUGGCUGAUCCAGGAGAAAAUUAGAACAGAAAAAUAAUGGUUGUGGAUUUUGAAACAAAGCAAGGUAAAGCCUUUUUUUUUUUUUUCACCUUGCAUUGGCAAAACUACCUCUUCAGUGUUUUUGUUUAACUUUUGAUUCAAAAGCAUCUUACCGAUAAGGAUAAAUAUGUACAUCAUUAUGAAACUAUUGCUAUGAGAUAAUAAGCCACAUAUGAAUGUUGUAUACAACUUUAGGGUUUGCAUUUUAAUCCUGAAGUGUUACCUCCUUUCAUGUCUAUUUACACUAUUUUCCCAUUUACUAAGUGGGGAGGGGGUCUCCUUAUAUAGUGCUUCAUCGUUAAUAAGUCAAUGCCUGUUGUUCCUGGGAUGUUCUUUUUUGUGCAUUAAAAACUUCAAAAUUAUUUUUUGUGGAGAUUUCUUUUUUAGAGAGACAUUUAGAAAUAACUCAGUACUUUGUUCUACCCCUAAAAUAACAGCCCUUUAAAAAAGACAGACAAAUCUUUAAAAACCUAUAUUGGUAACUACAUUUAGAACACUAACUCGUUUAUAGAUAAACUAGAUAACUAUAAACUAGAGUCCAAGUGCCCGAGUUCUAAUCCAGACUGAGAGUGGCCUGUGAAAAUUACUUAAUCCCUCCACUCUCAGUUUCCUUAUCUGUGAAAUGGGGAUCACAUUAUCAUCUGCUUCUAGGGGCUGUGUUUUAAGGACCAAAUGAAAAUAUAUACAGGGAAAUAUAUACAGGGUUGUACUUUAAGGAUAUAAUUAGGUAAAAUGUGUAAAGUAUGGUCAGCACGGCAUUCUAUAUACUAAGUACUAUAUAAGUUGGUCACCUAUUACAUCUUUCAUUGGAUAUUUAGAUUCUUUUAAAAAUAUUGAUUUCUCCUUAUUAACAGAACAUUUAUGAAAAGUAUCAAUCUAUUGCUUGGUGCCUGGGCAUUAUUUGCUAAAACAUUUACAUCUGCUUGAUUUCUGAGUCGAGUCUCCCUGAUAUAAGCAGCAUACACACACAGAUACACACAAAACUGAAUUCAUUCCUCUAUCAAUAAGGGUGCAAUCAAGGAAAUAAACUAGUCGGGGUGUUUCAAAUGGGGAAUUUAACACCAGGAAUUGGUUAUACAGGUGAUAAAGGAGACACGAAGCCAAAAUAUGUUGCCAAGAUGACCCAGAGAUUAGCAACAGCAGGAGGCACUAUUUUACCCCUAAUGCAAGAGGGAUUACAAGAAGAGGUGGAGUUUCCAAAAUCUAGAAGCCACUGGUGCCCAGCUAGACUUAGAACCAUAGCUGAGGCUAGAGCUAUAACCACAGAAGGAGCUGGAACUGAGGACAGAAAGCUUGUUUGGUAGGAGCUGAAAUAUUGGAGAUGAUCUGGUUGCUGUGAGAAAUGUUGCUUGAGGCAAAUUCAUAGAGGAGGAAAUACCCUGGCUUCUCCCUAUCUAUCUCCCAACCUCCAGUCUUCCACCAGUGCCCACUAUUGCCCAAAGCUACCCAGAAGCCAGUAGGCAAGAGAGUCUGGGUAACACAGUUUUCUGUGGUUCAGAAGAGCCUGAGGGAAGGGCAGUGGGUAGAUCUAAGAGCAACCAAAUGAUCCGCAUAAUCACUGAUACCUGCCUUCAACUGUUCCCCUUCCUGCUUUUCCUAUUGGACAGUCAAUUCUUUACUUAGUUGAUUAAAGGCUCUUUUAUUCGUCAUUUACUUCCUUUGUCCCCUACAUCUAGUCAGUUACUAAUAUCUAAUGAGUUUACCUUGGAAAUAUCUCUUGAUUUUCUCCCUACCCCUUUACUUUCUUUGCCCAAGGCUGGUCCCCUUUGUCUCUCUUUCUGGACUGUUCCACUCUUCCUAGACAUCAUUCUUGCCCCUGGCUUCACUCACUCCAAUUAUUCCUUUGUAUUUCUACCACUUAUUUUUCUAUUAACAAUUUUUUACUGCUUUUUAAAAAAAUACUUUCCCAUUCCAUAUAGAUUAAAAUUUUACAAUUCUUCAGUGCCCUUUUAAUGUCGUCUUCACCCAUGUAUCUUACAGAGAUCAACAAAAGACUGAAUGGGGUGGAAGACUGUGGUAAAAUCUUCAAGGGUUCCUUGAUGGUAAACUUGGACAUGCUCACUGUAUUAGUUGAUACCCCUUGAAUCACAAAGACAGAAAUGCAAGGGCAGACAUGGCUUUAAAAGUAGAUGAUAUUAGCAUGUGUUGGUUUCUGAUAAAAAAAAAAGUAGGUGAUAAACAUUAAAUCUUGAAAUCACCAAUUCUUGUUUUACUUCUUAUUAAAACAAAAUAGAUCUUUAUUUUAGGCCCAAACCUCAAGUGAAAUAUUUAUUAGACAUUUAAAAAGCAAAUAUUUUUUCUACAUACAGUUUCUCUUUCUAGGUUCAUUUACAUGGGUAGCACCACUACCUUCUAGCAUUCUCUUGACUGAGAGGUUGAAGAAGCUGAAAAAUGUGUGAUGAAUAAAGAUUUUGAUGGAUUUCCAUAUUCAUCUCUGAUGAAUCAUUACAGCAAACUGCCAUGUGCCGUUUUCUGCUGCUCUAGCAGACAUUGUUACUCACUCUACCUCUGAGCAAGGCAUGUAGAUUCAGAAUCCUUCCCAACAAAAGUGUUCCAAGAAGACAUUACCAAUAGAUUGGAAUUGACAGGGGAGUUACAACUUUUUGCUUUCCGGGUUCAACUUAAUGCCCUAGAGAGUGACUUUACCCAGACACUCUCUUUGGAGCACUCCAUGACGUAUUUUUCAAAACUUUCCGCUAAUACCCUUACAGGCAGAGAAGAACAAAUUCAUAACUCUGGAAUUAUAACCUGAAGCAGCCUCACUUUAAUCCUGAUUUUAAAAUAAUUCAUGCAAAUAUUGCAUUCUACUCAAUAAAAUGGCUAUUUUUAAAUGCAAAAUUAUUCCCCUAUCCUUUGACAUUCCCUCUGAAAACCUUGGAGCAAAAUCACAUUUCAGGAAGAUGUUCCAUGUUUAUUCAGUCCUAGGUUUUACAUACUCCUUGGCAAGUAGUUCCUUGUCCCUGGAAAAAUGCAUAUCUUCAUUUAAGAAGCUGAACGGUAGUUCUUUGGUCGUGUUCACAAAUGGCUUUACCAACUAACUCCUCCUUGGGUUUUAUGACCUCAGGCUCCCCAGGUGCGCAUUCAACUUUGAUUCUUUUUCUACUGGCUUCCUUUCUCCUCCUUUGUACUUUAGUUAUGAUUCAGCCACAAGCUGCCUUCCCUCUGUCUGUUUUUGAGAAAAGAGGUAGCAAUCUUUUUCUGUAAAGGGCCAGAGAGUAAAUAUUUUAGGCUUUGUGGACCACACUAUCUCAGUGGCAGCUACUCAGCUGUUAUAGCAGAAAAGCAGCCAUAUUCAGUAUGUAAAUGAAUGGGCAUGACUAUGUUGCAAUACAACUUUAUCUAAACUUAAAUGUGAAUUUCAUAGUUCUCACGUGUCAUAAUAUAUUCUUUUGUGUUGCGGGAAGUCAGGGACCCUGAAUGGAGGGACUGGCUGAAGCCAUGGAAGAAGAACAUAAAUUGUGAAGAUUUCAUGGACAUUUAUUAGUUCCCCAAAUUAAUACAUUUAUAAUUUCUUAUGCCUGUCUUUACUGCAAUCUCUGAACAUAAAUUGUGAAGAUUUCAUGGACACUUAUCACUUCCCCAAUCAAUACUCUUGUGAUUUCCUAUGCCUGUCUUUACUUUAAUCUCUUAAUCCCAUCAUCUUCGUAAGCUGAGGAUGUAUGUCAUCUCAGGACCCUGUGAUGAUUGCAUUAACUGCACAAAUUGUUUGUAGAGCAUGUGUGUUUGAACAAUAUGAAAUCUGGGCACCUUAAGAACAGGAUAACAGCGAUUUCCAGGGAACAAGGGAGAUAACCUUAAAGUCUGGCUGCCUGUGGGCCGGGCAGGACAGAGCCAUAUUUCUCUGAUCACCAAAAAUGGGUAAGAGAAAUAUCGCUGAAUUCUUUCCCUAGUAAGGAAUAUUAAUAAUUAACAGCCCUGGGAAAAGAAUGCAUUCCCAGGGCGGGGCCUCUAAAAUGGCUGCCCUGGGAGUGUCUGCCUUAUGCAGAUGCAGAUAGGGAUGAAACACACCCUAGUCUCCUGCAUCGCCCCCAGGCUUGCUAGGAUUAGGAAAUUCCAGCCUGGCGAAUUCUAGUCAGACCGGUUCUCGGCUCUUGAACCCUGUUAAGAUGUUUAUCAAUGACAAUGUGUGCACAGUGGGACAUGGAAGUUUAUUAGUGAUUCUAGUUUCACCCUGAACUUGUGAUCUUGCCCUGCCUCCAUUUGCCUUGUAAUAUUUUAUUACCUUGUGAAGCACGUGAUCUCUGUGACCCACUAUUCAUACACUCCCUCCCCUUUGAAAAUUGCUAAUAAAAACUUGCUGGUUUUACGGCUCAGGGGGCAUCACAGAACCUGCUGACAUGUGAGGUCUCCCCCAGAUAUCUAGCUUUAAAAUUUCUCUCUUUUGUACUCUUUCCCUUUAUUUCUCAGACCGGCCGACACUUAGGGCAAUAGAAAAGAACCUUUGUGAAAUAACAUUGAAUUAUCGGGGGUGGUUUCCCCUGAUACUUUUGACUCUUAGCAACCACUUAAAAAGUGUAAAAUUGUUAGCUCAUCAGCCAUGCAAAAAUAGGUGGCCAGCCUGGAUUUGGUCCACAGACUGGAUUUGUUGACCCCUGGUAUACAAGAUAACUUGGUGGCUCAUGAAAUGUCUUUGCAAACUGUGAAAGCCUAUCUCUAACUCUGUCUCAGCUACAUACACCUGCUUCUGGUAGGAGCCCAAUAACUGUGUUGAAUGCAGAUGCCAUUUUAACUACCCUGUGUAUGGAAAUAAAUUCUAACUUUAUAAUGCCACUCGAAGUCUCUAGUUCUUAUUUUGAUUCUUCCUGGCCAUAGGAUAUUAUAUUUGUUUUGAGCCCAAACCUUAAGUGAAAUGUUAAAAAUGUAAAAAGUGAAUUUUUUUUUCUGUGUAAGUUCUCUCCUAAC